AUGAAAGUGAAAAAGUCAAUCAUAGUUUUGCUCUCUACGGUGUUAGUUGUAGUCUGCUGUAAUGGCAACAUUUUACCGGAGUGUGGCAUUCCACAGAUCGGUGGCAAUGAGCUGAUCACGAACGGAAAGGAUACUGCGCCGGGGGACUGGCCCUGGCAUGCAGCCAUCUAUCACCGCAAAGGUUCUUCAACGAACUAUGCCUGCGGAGGCACUAUUAUCAGCGAAAAUUUCAUCGUGACGGCCGCUCACUGCGUCAUGAAUGCGGCAAACGGUUUUCAACUGGCUCUAAAUAGAAUAUUUGUUCGGUUGGGAAUUCACGAUCUGUAUGUGAUAAAUCCAGAAUUUAUACAGCAACAUGAAGUUGGAAAAAUAUUUAAGUUUGCGAACUUCACUCGAUUUGCCAAUGACAUUGCGUUGCUUAAGCUUAGCACAAUCAUUCGCUUCACCAAUUAUGUGCUACCGGCUUGCAUAAAUGUGGAACCAAAUAUUACCGGAGAAUUCGGCACCGUUAUUGGUUGGGGCUUAAUGGAAACUGAAGAAAUGUCGCCAGUUUUGAAAAUGGUGGACCUUCCGGUUAUCGAACCAGUUGCGUGCUUGAAAACUGAUCGAGUGCUGUUCGGUCAAACUCUGGACGAUGGUCUAUUCUGUGCCGGAUAUACAAACGGAACCGGUGUCUGCAAUGGGGACAGUGGAGGAGGGUUAUUUUUCCGAAGAACCAAUACUUGGUUCUUGGGCGGAAUUGUGUCCUUCUCACAACUUCGGCCAGAUGGAUCCAAUAAAUGUUUUACGAAAGGUUAUGGAGUGUUCACGAAGGUGCAGCAUUAUAUCUCGUGGAUUAGUGAAAUCACGGGAAUGAGUUUUCAGCGGAACAACGUCCCGCGAAAGUGUAAAGCAGUUGAACCAAUUCAAACGAAUAUGUCUUCGAAAUUACUUCCUCGGCAUUGUGGCGUUUAUGUUCCAAACCGUAUCAUGGGUGGAGUAGUAGCCCAAGUUUUUGAAUUUCCCUGGAUGGCACUAUUGAUGGACGCUCGCAAAGAAUUUAUGUGCCAUGGAACGUUGAUUAGCAGACGUUAUAUCCUUACGACUGCAGAUUGUUUCGCAUAUUCUCUACCUGAAAAAGUGCGUCUGGGUGAGCACACAAUCAAUAAGGAUAUUGAUUGCAAUAACCGUGAUGAGGAUUGUGCUCCACCAGUUCGAGAUUACGAUAUUGAGUGUUUCACUGUGCACUCAAAAUUUUCGUUGAGGUCCGUCUCAGGAGCUGAUGAUAUUGCACUUGUACGCUUGAGCGAAGAUGUUCGAUUUGACGGUAUUGUAUAA